AUGUCAAAAAAACCUAUUGGAAUAGCCUUCAAACCUCGAGAGCCGUACACUAAUAGAAUCAAAAGAAUUCUUGAAGAUUAUCCAGAUGGUUCCCAAAUUCUCAGAGAAAUUCUUCAGAAUUCUGAUGAUGCUAAAAGCACUGAACAAAUAUUUAUUCUCGACUAUAAUAAUUAUCCGUCGACUCGAUUAUUUGAGCCUUUAUUGUCUAACUGUAAAACAAAAAAUUUAAAACUUGAACGUUAUCAAGGACCUGCUUUGCUAUCAAAAAAUGAUACUAUUUUUGAUGAAAGAGAUUUUUCCUCUUUAUUGAAGUUGGCUGAUAGUGAAAAGCGUGAUCAAUUUGACAAAAUUGGAGUUAUGGGUGUUGGCUUCAAUUCAAUUUAUCAUAUAACCGAUUCUCCUUCAUUUAUUACUGAUAAGAAGUAUGUGAUUCUUGACCCACAUGAAUAUUAUUUCGAAGGAGGGCGUGUUUAUGAUUUCGUUGAAGAUGAUUUGCAAAAUUUUUAUAACGAUCAAAUUUUGCCAUUCUCAAAGCCCUUUGGCAACAUUAAAUUCAACAAACCAUUCAAUGGAACAAUUUUUCGUUAUCCACUAAGAACUGAGCAAGAUUCUAUUGAUUCUAAUAUUUCUAAAAUAAGCUAUAGUCCAAAGAAAAUAUUGGAAAUGUUUGAAAAUUUUUAUCAAAAAGAAAGUGUCAAUUGUUUACUUUUCUUGAAAUACAUCGAAACCAUUUCUUUCUAUGAAUUUAAAAAAGGUGCUGUGAAACCUGACUUGUUAUACAAAAUCGAGUUAAAAAAUGCUGAUGAAGUUAGAAGUCAACGUCGAUUAGUUGUCGAACAAAUCAUCAAACAAAUGAAAAUUUUUCAAGAUCAUAAGCAACGAGUUGACACCAGGUAG